AUGUCUUCCAAAGGUCAGAAUUAUCAACUACCAUUUCGUUAUACGUUUCUAGCAGGUUCUUUUGCUGGAGUCUCAGAGACUGUGGUAAUGUAUCCGUUGGAUGUCAUCAAGACUAGAUUCCAAUUGCGACCUGUAUCUGUCACCAGUCAAUGUGGAUUGAUAUCUUACAUCACAAAAGUUCUUCGUAAAGAAGGACUUCGUCACGUUUAUAGAGGCAUUACUUCACCAAUUCUUAUGGAAGUCCCCAAACGUGCUACGAAAUUCUCGUGUAAUGCCAAGUACCUAACUCUUCUGCAACAAGUAUUUGGACAAUCCACUGUAACACAACCAAUCACUAUCAUGGCAGGUGCAAUGGCAGGUUCUACUGAAGCAAUUAUAAUUGUACCUUUCGAACUGGUAAAGAUUAGAAUGCAAGAUGGAGCCUCUCUCUACAGGACACCCUUUGACUGCUUGAAAUGCAUUAUAAGGAAAGACGGUGUCUUGGCAAUGUUCACAGGUCUGGAGGCCACAAUGUGGAGAAGUUCUGUUUGGAAUUCUGGAUAUUUCGGGUUAAUACAUUUUGUUAGAUCAAUUUUACCUAACACAGAAAACAAAGGAUUAGAGACGAGUUACAAUUUUAUAGCAGGUGCUUUAGGUGGUUCAUUGAGCUGUUUCUUGAGUGUACCAUUUGAUGUUGUGAAAUCACAAGUUCAGUCGGUCAAUGGUUCACAUAUGAUUUCGAGAAAAGGGUUAUAUGGGUCGGCCAUCUAUUCAAUUAUAAAUAUGUACAAAGUUCAAGGUGUUUCUGCCAUGUAUAGAGGAAUUACACCCAUUUUAUGUAGGUAUGCGCCAGGUGGAGGUAUAUUAUCAUUAGUAUACAACAAAACCUACGAACUACUUACUGAAUAUGACCUACAAAGCCAGAAAUUAUAG